AUGCAGGAAGAUAAUGGGCGUUUCCAAAUGUAUCCAAGAAACCGUAACGGCUCAUAUAGAAACCUAUCAUAUUCGGCUAUUCAUGAUCAAAAUCGCAUGCAUGGCUCCCCUCGAAAGCAUCGAUCAAACAUAAAUUCUCCACAAAUGUCAGAGGUAUCAUUAUCACAGCUUAAACUAGACGAUAUGACUACAGAAAAAGACUGGAACAAACUUGAUGAUUUCCAUCUAGAGGAACUAAGGGAUGGUUUUUUUGAUGCCACAUAUACAAGGCCAAAAAGAGUAAUAUCACCUGAAGAUAGUGUGGGUUCAGCCAAAUCGAAUCAAAAUUUGAAACCAAGCAAAAUAAUAAACAAUACUCCCGCAAUAGUGAAAGACAUAUAUAGUAAGAGUAUACAAGACUGGAAACAACUGUUGAAGUUUUUCUUAGCAUACCUUAUUGCUAUGAUUAUAUGUGUGAUACAUCCUGCAGGAAAAUGGAUAGGCCACAAAUAUAGGUAUUUUAUGCCUAUAUCUGUAAUAUUACACCAUCCCGCAAGAAAUGUUGGGGUACAAUUGGAGAUGACUAUAGAAUCAUGUGUUGGUUUAGUGUUUGGAUUAGGAUGGUCAUCUCUGGCCUGGUAUGUUUCUACAGCUACUGGCCCAACUGCAUCGCACCAAGGUGGUAUUUUAUUCCAAAGUUUAGUUAUGGCACUCUGGUCUGCUAUAUGGGUGAAAGCCUACUAUAACCGAUUAUUCUACCUUUGUCAAUCAUUCGGUAUUACAAUUUUAUUUACCCACACAGUUGACUUAGUAUUUGAUGCUUCAGAGUUGAAAUGGAUAUUAUUCAGAGAUUUCGCAUUAUCUUAUGUUUUUGGUAUUCUACUUUCCCUCAUAAUAAGCGCGUUUAUUUUUCCAACUAAUGGUAAUGCAAAGAUGAUACAAACUUUAGAUGACACUGUAAAUAGUAUUAAAGGUUUUUUAAUGACACUGGUGGAUAAAGGCAAAUAUAAUGAUAUUGAAUAUAUUUCAAGUGCUCAAAAAAAUAUGACUAACCAUUUAAAUGUGAAAUUGUCCCUAGUUUAUAGAGAUUUUUUAAAUCAAUUUACAAUAUUCAAUUUUAAAGCAUCAAGUCUAAAAAGACUCAGAGACUCGUUAACAGUCAUUUCCAGCCCACUUAGGGUAAUUCCUAUUCAUCAGAGGUUGUUUGACAAUCAAUUGCUCGAACGGUUGUAUCAAGAAGUCGAUGAUCAUAAACAUGACUUGGAAGAAUCCGGAGAAAAAUAUGACACUGACGCAAUACCUUCAGGCUACAUUACCGGGACCUUCACCCCGGUGUCAGGGGUUCCCAAUUUACCCCACCAUUUGCUAUCAAACAGUACAAAUGACUUUUAUAUUAACAUUCUUAAGAAAAAAUUUGCACGAAAUACCUUGCAUUUAAUUUUAGAGAUGAUUAUCGUAAUAGAUAAAAUAUCUCAGCUUCUUCAACUGUAUAAAAAACGAAGACAUAGUAAGAAUGAAAUAGAAGAAGCUAAAGGAAAUUUACAUCAUUAUAGAAUGAAAUUACAAAAAAUGAUAUUUAAUGUGGACACUAGCUAUAAUAACUUUAUAGAAUCAAAUUUAUUUUCAGAGGAUAUUAUCAAAGAUUUUGAAUGUGUGGAUAUCUUCUUGUUUAUAAGGUAUUCUCGAAGCUCCGCAAAGCACUUAUUGAAAGUACUCGACGAAGCUAUAAAUUUAGAUACGGAUUCAAAAAUGAGGAUUUCGACCCCAAAACUUUCUGCAUUUAGAACGUUGCAUCGUUUACCGGACCAAUGUUUAAUGGAUCAAGGUCUUGGGAGGUCAUUAUUGUAUUUUGAAACCAAAAAAGAUGUUGAUGAGAUAUUUGAGAGAUCUUAUAACUCAUACACCUCCCGUCAUGUUUAUAACAGGAAAAAUGAUACACUUCCAUCAACUAGGGCUAUUGACCAUACCGAUUUCAACUUUCAUACGACACAAAAUUCCACUAGAUUUAAAUUAUGGGAAUUUACUAAACUCUUAUCGGGACGUGAAAUGAAGUGGACACUAAAAUGUUUAAUUUGUAUAAUAUUCCUUUGCUUACCAACUUGGUUACCAGAAUCCUAUAGAUGGUAUGAAGAGUUCCAAUGCUGGUGGGCUCCGCUGAUGUUUUUCAUAUUAAACCACAAUAAACCAGCUGGUAAGAUGAUAUAUUUGGCUAAUAGAUUAAUAUGUGGUAUCAUCGGUAUGUUUUGGGGAUGGGCAGCUUGUCAGGCCCACCAUUUUGGUAGCCCUUAUGUUAUAUGUGUCUUUGCUGGCUUGAUUUGUAUCCCGUCAGCAAUUAACCAACUCAUAUACAAAAACUCGAAAUCGAGUAACACUGCAAUGAUAUGCUUUACUGUAAUUGCGCUUGAAGCGUUUUCGAAGAAUCCUUACACAUUGAAAACCUCAGUAAUUUGGAAAAAUUGUUGGACUACAUCAUUAAGUCUGAUAGUGGGAAUAGUUGUUUCAAUUGUUAUUAAUUGGAUAUUUUGGUCGUAUAGAUCAAGAACCGAAUUAAGACUCGCUGUUUCCUAUUUAUUAUCUCACUUGAGUCAAUCGUACCAAUCAGUCGCAGAGCGUUAUCUUUAUAGAGAUUUGAAUGAUGAUCCAACCGAGCUAAGUUUAAUGUUCUCUCAUAUUAGAGAGGUACGUCUUACACGAAGUAUUGAAGCUAUACGACAACUAUUGGGUAGGACGAAGAGAGAGCCAAUAUUUGUUUCCAACUUUAAUGCAGAUAAAUAUGAAAGACUUAUCAAUGCAUGCCAGAAUGUCUUUGAAAGAAUGAUCGAAGCUAGAGUUUCAGGUACCUAUUUUGAAAUUUGGAACCAAGAUAGUAAUUCAGAUGCCACGAGGGCCCUACUAUCUUUAAGGAGAGAUAGUACAUCCUCUGUUAUCUAUACAUUCUACCUCCUAUCUAAUUGCUUUAGAUCAAGAAAUAGAAUCCCAAGGUAUUUACCAAGCUCUGUUACUUCUAGACGACGUUUAUUUGACUUUAUGUCAAAAUUUAACGAAAAUAUACCUCUUUCAGCCUCUCUAAAAGAAGAACAACAAGAUAACUUAGAAAAACAAUUGUUCAAGAAGCUAGGAAAACUUCAAAACAAAGAUCAUAAUAUCCAACACAGUAGCAGUGAAGCGUCGUCGAGGGAUGAAGUUAAUGAAGAUAACGAAGAGGCUAGAUGGAAAGAUAUAUAUGGAGUAGCUUUUGCAAGAAGUUUCACUGCCGUAUGUGAAUCUAUGGAUGUGUUAAUUGAAUGCUGCAAAGAUAUAUUAGGGGAGGAAUACUACUAA